AUGUACGAUCAGAAUAACGACGAAGUAGGCAGGCAGAUCUUCCCGCAAAACCAGGAAGAGCAGAGCCCGUUACAACCCGAACCUCAGACUCAACAACAACCGAAUACCGAUGCUGUUCUUGGCGCGGACGUCGCUUCAGGAGACGAGAACGGAUCCGGAGGCGACCAACGAGACAGGCAGGCGAAAAACGAACAGCAGCAGCAGCAGCUCGAAGCUAAUAGCGAUAAUGAGGAGGAGGAUGACGGGGAUGAGACGGGUGACGACUUUGAGCUGCAUGACGGGCAGAACGAAGCGGGCGGCGGGAGCGGCGGCGGCGGCCUCUCUAUCUCACUAACUCCCGACACCCCCCCUCCCCCUUCCACCCCCUCCUCUCUUCCCCUCUUCCCCGAACCCCCCUUCUCCCCCUCCUGCUUCCUUUCCUCCCGCUCUCCCCCUCCCCCUUCUCCCCUCCAACCUCGACCGCUUCUCCCCGAUACAGUCACACCCGCGUCGAGCGGGCAGCACGCGUGGGAGCUGCUAUCGAGCGGCAGCGGCGGGCGGUUCGACCUGGUGCUGACGGACGUGGUGAUGCCGGGGCUGUCGGGCAUCGCGCUGCUCGCGCGCAUCAUGGGCAAAGAGGAGCUGCGCGGCAUCCCCGUUAUAAAUUUCAUGUCAUGGCACGGUGGCAUGGAGAUCACGGCACUCAAGCGCUCCCAGUCCUUAUCUGCUGACCCUCUCUUUCUCCAACCGCUCCUUGCCCCCCUCCCUCGCCUUCCAGUGAUGUCGUCGCACGACAGCAUGGAGAUGGUGUUGAAGUGUUUUCAGAGGGGUGCAGCGGACUUCCUCGUGAAGCCCGUGCGCAAGAACGAGCUCAAGAACCUCUGGCAGCACGUCUGGCGCCGAUGCCACUCCGUACGCCCCCUCCCUCGCCCUCUCUCCCCCUCUCCUCUCGCGCUUUCUCCUCUCGCCCCUUUUCCCUCGCCACUCCUCUCCCCCGCGUUUCGCCGUGCAUUCGCCGUGCAUUUUCCCUCAGCCUCCCCUCCCAUCCCUGGCCGUCCCCUCUCGCCCCCGCCCUUCCCCUCCCGUCCCCCUCGUCUCUCCGUCCUGACCUUUCAAAUCCAAUUUCGAGAUGCUGCUUUCUGCUUUUCACUCCCUUGUAACUACACACCUGUUGACAUACUCUCCCUGCAUGCCGCUCCCCUUCCUCAUCCGCGUCUCCUCUCUUCCCUCGUCCUUCCCUCUCUUCCCUUUCCUGCCUCUCUUCCCUCUCCUCCCUCUCCUCUCGCUCCUCUCUCCCUUCCCUCCCCCCUUUUCGUGCCCUCUCGCUCUCCGCCCGUUCUGCCGUUUCCCUCGCCCCCGCUUCUCAGUCGAGCGGCAGUGGCAGCGGCAGCGGCAGCGGCACCAACGGCAAGGGAUGGCGACGGGAAUGUGGACGCGAAUGGCGGCAGUGACAACGGCAGCGGCACUCAAGUGGCCACCCAGGUGGAUAACCAGCACGCGCAAGCCGCCAAGGCGCAGCAAGCGCGGGGGGAGAAGGGGAAGAAAGGGGAGAAGGCGGAGGUGGGCGAGAUGGGGGAGGAAGUGGAGACGAGACAAGGUGCAGGUGCUGCGAGGGGCAACGGGCGGGAUCCAGGAGGGUUGAGAAAGGGCCGUUCGCCGCAGCAGCAGCAGCAGCAGGGCAGGGGGGGCUGGGGGUGGAAUGGGGGCAGCGGGGGCAGGGCGGAGGGGGUGGUGGCGGCGGAGGCAGUGCGCGCAGCUGAGGCGGUGGUGGAAAGCGCGCAGGCGUCCGGGGAAGGUUCGACAAAGAAAGAGGAGUGUGAGGGGCCGGCGCGGGCGGAAGGGGAUGGGGAAGCGGGGGACAAGGCGGAGGAAGUGGCGGGGGAAGAGGCGGCGAAGGAGGCAGAGGUGGAUGGGAAACAACAGGAGGGGGAGGAGGAGGUGGUGAAAGGGAGAAUGCAUCGUGCUGCAGCUGACUGUAACGCUGCUGCUGCUGCUGCUGACAGUGCUGCUGUUGCUGCCGAAAGGGAAACCGGAAUGGAUGUUGCAGAAGCAAUCGCAACGGAUUCGGUGGCAGGAGCACUGGCAGUCGAACCUGAAACUGCUGCUGAUACUGGUGCUGCUGCUGCUGCUGCUCCUGCUGGUGCUGGUGCGGGUGCUGCAGUGGUGGUAACACCUGUGGUAACCCAAAUGGUGACCUCAGUGGUAGGCUGCUUACACGACGGAUCACUCUCCCAGGGGGCUGUUCCUGCUCUUAUCGAGAUGGCUUGUAAGGCGGACAGAGACGGGAAGAAGGUGAGGUGGAACUUCGGCACAGAGGAGGAAGCUGCAGAGGAAGGUGCUGAAGAACGUUCUUCUCCUGCCAAGAACGUGACUGUAAAGGGCGGAGACGCUCAGAAGGACCUUGACAUGAGGGAAAGCGAUGAGGGAAUGACAGUGGGAGGGGAGCAUGGGGACGGGGCUGCGGAGCAGCGGGCGGAAGGAGAGAUCAAGAGAGGCCGAGAUGAGGGGGGAGAUGUGGGGUCGGAAGGAGCAGAAGGAGCAGCAGGAAGAGCAGGGGCAGACAAAUCCGAGGGAGCCAAGAGGGCAGCAGAAGCAUCGGAGGGAGGAGGGGAGGAGGAUGCGAGGAGAGUGAGGAGGCGAGUGGAAGCUGACGAGGGUGGGAAAGGAGGGCGACGGGAUGCAGAGGUGGCGGCGUGGGACAAUGCAGCAAUGCGAGUGGAAGAGAUGGAGGAGCAGAGGGAGAGGGAGAGGGAAAUGGAAAGGGAAACAGCAUGGCAGCAAGCGGCGUGGCAGCAGUCCCCCUGGCAGCACUCGGGUCUCUCUGCCUUCACGCGCUACACCACAGCACCCCCUGCUGCUGCAUUCCCUCUUCCCCAUCCUGCUGCUGCUGCUCCCGCUGCCGCUGCUGCUGGUUCUUCUGCUGCUGCUGCUCCUCUUGCUGCUGCUCCUACAGCCGCUAUUCCUCUCGCUGCCGCUGCUCCAGGCCCCAGCCGCCUGGGCAGACCCACCACGCCAAUGCGAGGAGUUUCACCUGCCCAGGGGGAGGACCUGGACGGGUGCGGGGCGGCAGGGAGCAGCGGGGAGGGGCAAGGAGGGAGGGAUGGGAGAACAGCAGCAUUGGGUGGUAGUAGUACCUGUGGAGCUGCGGGUCUCGAACCUGCUGCUGCUAUUGCUGCUGCAGCUGGCCCUGCUGGGAAUCCUAAUCCCACUCCGUCUCCAGCGUCUAUCACCCCUCCAGGGCUUCCGCCCCUCUCUGGGUUUCCUCUUGACCAUUCCGCGGGUGUGUACCUGCCUCCUGUGUACUAUGCUGCUGCAGCUGCUGCGACGGCAGCGGCAGGGGUGCCCCCUCCAUGGCUGUACGCGCCUCAGAUGCCGCAGCUGGCUCAGCAGGCCAUGCAGCAAGCGUUGCUGCAGCAGAUGCAAGCACAGCAGCACCUGCAACUGCAGCAGCAGCAGCACGGGCAGUUUCAACUACCCCAAGCGCUGGCACCAGCAGCAGCAGCACCACCACCAGCAACAGCGGCACCAGCGGCGGCAGCAGCAGCAGCAGCGGCAGCGGCAGCAGCAGCACAGCAGCUGAAUCUCCUGUCAAGCCUGGCUCCUCCCAGCUUCUCGACCUCGCCUUUCCUCCCCACCCGCCCGCCCCUCUCCCACCUGCCCGCACACGCCCCGCACGCCUCCUCCCAUCCCUCGCCUCUCUCGCGCCCUGCCACCCUCUCCUUCCUUUCAACUCCCUCACUCCACCCAAGCCCCACGGCAAUGUCUCUUGAGCACCAAGGCGGCAGUGGGGGCGGGGGCAGUGGCGGUGUGGGUAGCGCUCAAGACAGCAGGGACGCAGCUCCUGCAGGGGUUGGGGGUGGCAGCACCAAUGGUCAUCCCUUGCAGACGCGACCAGAGCGCACAGAUGGCACAGCGGCAAAUGUGUGGAGAGCAGGCGAGGAGGCGCGGCGCAGGGAGGGCAAUGACCCUGGGAGCAUGCACACGGAGGCGGGCUGGGGCAGUGGGGUGAAAAUGGUCAGCCUGAUGGGGCAGGCUGUGGCGUUCCCCCCCUGCGCUGCUGACGCAUCUGCCACGCCUGCCACCAUGACCGGUGAAGUGGUAGAUGCAGAGGACGAAGGCAAGGAGGGGGAGAUGGCGGAGGGGGAAUGGGGCACGUGUGGAGCAGCAGUAGCAGCAGGAGGAGGAGUUGACACGGCAGCACAGCAGUGCCAUGCCAUGGAUGUUUCCAGCUCAAGAGCCGGGAUUUCCCAGCCUCACGAGAUGGCUGCAGCGGAAGCAGCUGCGUGUGCUGCAUGUGCCUGUGGUGGGCCUGGUUGUGGGCUGUCGCAAGGCUCUGGGCAGUGCCAGGCUGCGCUGGGGGCUGCAGGAGGAGGGUGUGCGGCUGGGGCUGCCGUUCCGACUGUGAUGAGCCGGCAGGCGGUGCGAGAGGCAGCACUGAAUAAAUUCAGGCAGAAGCGCAAGGACCGGUGCUUCGAAAAGAAGUUGAUAGCCGAUGGGGUCAUCUUCCACAAGCAUUGUUUCCGGUGCUUUCAUUGCAAGGGCACUCUUAAGCUGAAUAGUUUCGCUUCGCUUGAAGGUGUUCUGUACUGUAAGCCGCACUUCGAUCAACUCUUUAAGAAAACUGGGUGCUACAACAAGAGCUUUGAGGAUGCCAUCAAGUCGGAGAAGGAGAAAACUGUGGCACCUGGGAGUGUGACAUCUACCACUGGCGUAUCAAGAUACGGAGGAGACAACAAGAGGGUCGUCAAUCCUUUGGCAGCGAGGUUCGGCGGGACACAGGAGAAGUGCGUAGUUUGCAGCAAGACAGUCUACCCCCUGGAAAAGGUCAGUGUCGAGAACUCCACACUACCAAGAGCCAUGGCCUCCAUCACCAUGCAGGCUGCGUCUACGGCCGUUCUGGCCAAGUCCGCCUUCCUUGGCGCUGGCCAAUCGCGCCUUGCUAAGUCGACCCGUGCUGCUGCGCAGUCAGCAUCCGUGUCGGCCCUUAAAAUAGAGGCCAAGGGCAACUGGCUCCCAGGCGACAACGGCUUCGAUCCCCUUGCCCUGGCUGAGGAUCCCGAGAACCUCAAGUGGUACGUCCAGGCCGAGCUCCAGAACGGCCGCUGGGCCAUGCUCGGUGUUGCCGGCAUGAUCAUCCCCGAGGCUCUGACCUCCGCUGGGCUCCUAAACGUGCCAGUGUGGUACGACACUGGUGUCGCUGAGUUCUGGUGCCCCACUCCCACCCUGUUCGCGAUCGAGUUCAUCCUGUUCAACUUCGUGGAGCUUCUGAGGUGGCAAGACAUUAAGAAGCCCGGCAGCGUGAGCACGGACCCCUUCUUCAAGAACAACAAGCUUCCUGCUGGUGAUGUGGGUUACCCCGGCUUCAACCCCCUGGGUAUGGGGACUGACUUCCGCACCAAGGAGAGCGAGCUGGCUAAUGGCCGUACCGCCAUGAUGGCUUUCUUGGGCUUCAUCAUCCAAUCGCACGUCACUGGUGCUGGUCCUUACGCCAACCUCGUUGCCCACCUUUCUGACCCAUGGAACACCACCGUUUUCCAGAGCCUGGAUGCCUUUUACGGAUCUCACUAA